CUAAUGGAGAAAGGCCCUAGGAGAGACACACGGUGAGAUAGCAAGAGGAGAGGGAGAGUUUAAAAAAAAAAAAAAAAAACAGAGAGAUCUCGGGAAAAGUUUGAUCUCUUCUCUUCUCCCCUUAAUUCUUUCUCCUCUACUCCAUUGCUAAGAAACCAAUUUUUCUUCUUCUUUUUUCGUCCAUCGUGUAAGAACCAGUGCAGCUUCGUCGCACCUCUAUUCAUAGCCGUGUGAUCUUCACAACCGUGACUACAACUUUAUUCACGUUAGUUCCACCCAGAACCACCAGCCUUGAACCAAAUCCUCCAUAGCCACCAAACUCCAAAACAAACUCAGUUCAAACAAUACUACCUAAAAAUUCUAUAAAACACCAAGAUCCAAGGGGUUUUGUUGGGUUCUGAGUUCGUGUUCGAGUUACAGUCCUUGUUCGAGUUUCCGGCGCCGCUGAAGUUUUCCGGUCUAAGGCUCUUGUCGGUGCCUAUUUCUUGGUCCAGCUUGGGUUCUGGAAAAUUGCUCUACUAGAAUCAGAUUUCAAUGGAGCUCACAAUUGCAUUAACAUUUGGAAUGUAUUAUUUGCUAUAGAUUUAUUGGAGAUCUCAUUAAUAUUGAAGAAGUACUGCUUUGCGAAGGUUUUCUGUCUCAGCUAAUGAGUCUGGUCAAGACUGGGCAAAACACACAGCAAAUGGCAAGAAAUAUGUGUCAUCUCUUGAGAUCGAUGAUUGAGCUUCCAGUAUCCAGAGUUGGUUUUCCAAAGAACUCAGCUAGUCGACUCAUUUGCUCUUCAACUCAAGGAGUGCGAAUCAAACAGGAUCGUCCUGGAGAGCAUGCUCCUCGUACCUCGGAUGAGAAGGAGAAGGAGAAGGUUGAUAACAAAAUUGAAGGGAGUACUGAAGUUGAGGGCGAGAAUGACGAAGGGGGCAGUGAUAACAUUAAUAAAAAGACUGGUGAGAUUGGAGGCCCUAAAGGUCCUGAGCCCACCCGCUAUGGCGACUGGGAGCGUGGUGGCCGCUGCUCUGAUUUCUGAUUUCGUUUCAGCUUUUGAUUCAACUUCCAUCUUAUAGGUACUUACCUGUUGGAUAUGUGGGAGACGAAUAAAUAAUAAUGUGGGUGACAAUCAAAAUAGUCAUGUUAUUUUCGAAGUUCUCUUUUUCUGAUAAUAGGGUUAGGUGAUUAAUCUUUGUUAUUAGGAAGUUGUCUUUAUGAUUACGGGAAUGCCUGGCUGAUGCCGCAAUAUUGCAGUGUAUCAAUUAACGAUAGCAGCUUUUAGAGGAUUG